CGCCGCCUGGUGGGCGCCGCCUCUGUGAGGAGGCAGACAGACAGACAGACAGACAGCCGUCAUGGACGAAAACCAACAAACGGGGGACGACACUGAGCCUUGCUCCGUGUCUGUGGGCCUGCAGGGAGCCAGCUUGCUGCAGGUGGAGAUCUCCGAUGCCGUGAGCGAGCGGGACAGGGUAAAAUUCACCGUCCAGACCAAGAGCUCCCUGCCGCACUUCGCUCAGGCGGAGUUCGCGGUGGUGCGCCAGCACGAGGAGUUCAUCUGGCUGCACGACGCCUACACGGACAACCGGGAUUACGCCGGCAUCAUCAUUCCCCCAGCUCCGCCGAAACCGGACUUCGAGGUCUCCCGGGAGAAACUUCAGAAACUGGGGGAAGGGGACAGCUCUGUCACCCGAGAAGAGUUUGCCAAGAUGAAACAGGAGCUGGAGGGGGAAUACCUGGCGAUCUUCAAGAAGACGGUGGCCAUGCACGAAGUGUUCCUCCAGCGCUUGGCAGCCCAUCCCACCCUGCGGCGCGACCACAACCUCUUCGUCUUCUUGGAAUACGGCCAGGACCUGAGCGUGCGAGGGAAGAACCGCAAGGAGCUGCUGGGGGGAUUCCUGAGGAACAUCGUCAAGUCGGCCGACGAGGCCCUGAUCACGGGCGUGGUGGGCCUCAAGGAAGUGGAUGACUUCUUCGAGCACGAGCGGACAUUCCUGCUGGAAUAUCACACCCGCAUCCGGGACGCCUGCCUGCGUGCCGACCGCGUCAUGCGUUCGCACAAGUGUCUGGCCGAGGAUUACAUCCCCAUCUCGGCCGCGCUGAGCAGCCUGGGCGCGCAGGAGGUCAACCAGCUGAAGACGAGCUUCCUCAAGUUGGCUGAGCUUUUUGAGCGUCUGCGGAAGCUGGAAGGGCGAGUGGCCUCGGAUGAGGAUCUGAAGCUGACGGAUAUGCUCAAAUAUUACAUGAGAGACUCUCAGGCCGCCAAGGACCUGCUUUACCGGCGGCUGCGGGCUCUGGCCGACUACGAGAACGCCAACAAGGCCCUGGACAAGGCCCGAAUGAGGAACCGCGAAGUCCGGCCAGCCGAGACGCACCAACAGCUGUGCUGCCGGCGCUUUGAGCGCCUCUCGGACUCCGCCAAGCAAGAGCUCACGGAUUUCAAGUCCCGCCGCGUGUCCGCCUUCCGCAAGAACCUCGUCGAGUUGGCGGAGUUGGAACUCAAGCACGCCAAGGCGAGCACAAUGCUCCUCCGCACCACCCUCCUGGCCGUCAAAGGGGAGCCCUAAAAUGGCCAGGUCAAUGCCACCUUCCCAGUGCUGCCUUGGCAAGUUACACCACAAGGAAGGGACGGUGGCUUAGGACCACGGACCGGCCUCUCCAUCUUCCAGGGUCCCCCCAGCAGGGCCUCCCGCCACCUGUAUCGCCAUUCCUCCAAGACCAGGACGAUCCCCGCCCCCCAUCCACCACUGCCAGGAGUUCCGAGGAACGGCCGCCAGCCCCCACCCCUUCCCCAGCCGGAAAAAUCCCAGGAACAGGGAAGGGUGGGUCCGUGGGACUGCCCACUGGCUGUGCCCACCUCUGGGCAGACUGGAACUUGGCCUCCUCCGUCUUCCACAGGCCCCGGGGAACCAGCAGGAGAAAUUGGGGCAGGGGCGGCCCCCUUCACUCCCUCUCCCUACUGGCAGGCCUAAGUAGGGGGCCCGUCUCGGGCUAUGUUGCCAACUUGGACUUCCCAAGCGCUUAGUCCAGUGCUCUGCACACAGUAAGCGCUCAAUAAAUACGAUUGAUUGAUUUGGCCAGCUUGGAGGGGCCUCCUUGGCAGCUGGCGGCUCCUCCUCCUCCGAUAAGGUGUGAAGUUGGAAGGACAAGGAGCCCGCACCCAUUCUGACCCCUGAGGGGUGGCAGGCUGUGACAGUCGGGCUUCGGGGCUUAAGUUCAGCCCCGUCCCCUCUGCCUGUCAAGAAGCACGCUUGGGAGGCAGGACUUGGAUUCUAAUUCCUGCUCUGCCCUUCGUCUGUUGUGCGAUCUUGGGCAAGGAACUUCCCAUCCCCGGGCCUCUGGCAUAUCCAUGUGAGACAGGGACUGUGACCAAUCUGAUGAUCUUGUAUCUACCCCACUGCCCAGAACCACGCUUGGCACCUAGUAAUGCUUAACGAGUACCGUAAUCAUAAUUAUGUCCAUACCCCACCCCUGCAGCUGGAGGAACAGGUGGGCGCUGGCUGCCGGCCCACCCUUUCUCUGCCGUCCUCCUCCGCCCCCAGAAGCAGGCUGGACUCCGAUCUCCUGCUCCGGCUCCUUCCCGGUCCCCUUCGGCUCCCAGGGGAUAAAGUACAGGCCGACCCGACUGGGAGGAGGGAGCCGGGAGGCUCACACCCUCCUGAGUCAACACGGCGAGGAGGCAGGCCAAAGACACGCGGGUCCAAGGUCUGAGGGCCUGCUCCCAGCUGGAUGCUCUGCCUCCUGCCACGCCUUUCCCAGGUAAGCGGGUUGCCCAGUCCACCCUCCCGAGAAGCCGGAUCCAACCAGACUGGGAUAGGGAAUCGAGGAGGAAGGGCGGGAAGGCUCUCUCACCGACCCUGUUGCACGGAGGCGGGCUGGGGGGAAAAGGCAGGAAAUGGACGGAGGAUGGGUGGGAACAGCUUCUGAGGGAGAACUGAAGCCCCAUGGUCUUGCCCGCAUCACCACAAAACCAAGUUCGGAAAUCGUACCAGGCACUUCUACCCUCUCCCUUCGUUCAGCAGGCGAGGGGUGAACCAUGCUGCUUUUUAUCUCUCUCACCCCCCACCCCUUCGUACUGUCCAAGGGUGUGCUGUGGAGGAGGGGAAUUAAAGGAAAAAAAAAAUA